CCCGGACUGAACGGUUCCUGAAUCAAGGCCCGGGGCAAACCGAUAGACCAUAAAACAACGGGGAGAUCCCAUCGAUUUCCGUUCCAAUUCUUCUCGUGUCAUACACAAAAAUAUACUGAUCCAAUCCGUUGAGCGGCUUGCACACCGACUCUUACACUGCAUUCUAUAACCUUGUCUCCAAGUCGGGAUUAUCCAUUGUCUCCCCGCCCUACGCCCUAAUCUUGGUGACUCACAUUCCAAGUCAAACCUAGACGUUUCCUUGUUCAAAAGCGAGGAAGUGUACCGAUUGUCAACACGUCAACAGUCCUGUCCUAUCAUACCACUCACAUUAUAUAUUCACAAUGGGUUCUAUCGCCCCUAACGUGGCCGAGUUGGACGGCUCCAACUUCAAGAUCACUCGCUCCACCAACCUCCGGGAUGUGCCUCUGCCAGGCUCCCCCGAGGAGCUGAGCCACUCGUACUGCACUGACCACAUGGUCACCGUGCGGUGGACUGUCAACAACGGCUGGGAAACCCCCGAGAUCAAGCCCUACCAGAACCUGAGCAUCCCGCCCACGGCUUCCUGCCUGCACUACGCCACCGAGUGCUUCGAGGGUAUGAAGGUGUAUCGCGGAUACGAUGGCAAGCUGCGUCUUUUCCGUCCUGACUUGAACGGCGAGCGUCUGAACACUUCCUCCCAGCGAUCAUCGCUGCCGGGCUUCAAGUUCGAUGAGAUGAAGAAGCUGGUUGCCAAGCUGAUGCAGAUUGAUGGACCCCGUUGGCUUCCCAAGGAACGUCCUGGCUCGUUCCUCUACAUCCGCCCUACCGUCAUCGGUAACGGUCCUCACCUGGGUGUUCAGGUGCCCAAGGAAGCCCUCCUCUUCAUUAUUGCCGUCCCCUGGCCCGACUUCACCAAGAUGAAGAAGGAAGGCGAGACCGUCUCCAAGGGCCUCAAGCUCUUCGCCUCCAACCCCGACUCCAUCCGGGCCUGGCCUGGCGGUUUCGGUUGGGCCAAGCUCGGUGCCAACUAUGGCCCCUCUCUCCAGUCUCACGGUAAGGCCCAGGCCAUGGGCUUUGACCAGAUUCUCUGGCUGUUCGGCGAGGACCGCCAGGUUACCGAGGCGGGCGCGAGUAACUUCUUUAUUAUCUGGCACAAUGCCGACACUGGUCGUCUAGAGCUUGUUACUGCUCCUUUGGACAGCCAGCUGAUCUUGCCCGGUGUGACUCGUCGCAGUGUUUUGGAGCUGGUGCGCGAGCGUCUGUCGGAGCAGUUCGUGGGCAAGCUUGCCCCUCUGCAGGUCGCCGAGCGUACCUUGACUAUCUCUGAGAUUGAGAAGGCUGCCGAGGAGGGCCGUAUCGUGGAGUCAUUCGUUUCUGGCACUGCUUACUUUAUUACCCCCGUUGCUAUGAUCCGUAACAACGACAAGGAUAUUAGCACCAUGGGCAAGGACGGCGAGCCUGCUGGUUACGCUUCCCAGAUCAAGUCCUGGUUGGAGGCCAUCAUGUACGGCAAAGAGGAGCACGACUGGGCCUAUCUUGUUGAGGAGGAGCAGUAAAUACGAGUUUUGACAAAAAUGGGACAGAGCAAGAGAAAUGGAUAAGGGAAAGUUGACAAUUAGCGAGUGCGUGGAUUUGUUUAACAGGAGAGCUCGAAUCACCGGCGGUUACCUCCAGAGACCCCAAAAGUCAUUCGGCUUUAUCUAGAUUCAGGUCACACCUAAGAUGUUCUAACGUUUAACAUAGAGUUAUCAAACACUUCAGAUUCAUAGACACGAUCCAGCUUCUUCUAGUACA